AGAAAAUUUGAUGUACUGAGGUCGCAGCUGGCCAUGUGCACCUCUUCCACGGCCCACCAACACCAAAGCUGAUUGACCCAGGAAGGAAUCUACAUCUGUUGCUCUAAGUCUUCACAGCGGAGAGCAAAUUUUCAACUUCACUUGUUUCUUCGAUCUGUCUCUCUACCGCCCUGUCCUUGGAUUUCAGGAAAGAAUCAAACAGCAAUGGAGGUCGUUGGAGAAUCUGUUCUUUCUGCUGCCGUUGAAGUUCUGUUCGGUAAGCUGGCUUCCUCUGACUUGCUCAAGUUUGCACGCCGGGAGGAGGUCAUUGCUGAACUGGAAGGGUGGAAGAGGGAACUGCGGAUGAUUAAGGAAGUCCUGGACGAAGCCGAGGAGAAGCAGGUAACAAAGUUGUCCGUGAAAGAGUGGGUAGGCGAUCUCCGAGACUUGGCCUACGACAUGGAGGAUGUGCUGGAUGAGUUCGCCACCGAGCUGUUGCGACGCAGGUUGAUUGCAGAUCGUGCUGAUCAGGUGGCCACCACAAGUAAGGUACGGAGCCUCAUCCCCACUUGCUUUACUGGUUCCAAUCCUGUUGGUGAAGUUAAGUUUAAUAUCGAAAUGGGCUCCAAGAUCAAGGCAAUCACUGGGCGGUUAGACGAUAUUUCAAACCGGAAAGCUAAGCUAGGUUUUAAUAUGGUCCCGGGUGUUGAAAAAAGUGGGGAAAGGUUUGCAUCUGGAGCAGCUCCUACUUGGCAACGAUCCCCCACUACAUCUUUGAUUAAUGAACCUGUUCACGGGAGGGAUGAAGAUAAAAAAGUUAUUAUUGACAUGCUGUUGAAUGAUGAAGCAGGUGAAAGCAACUUUGGGGUCAUUCCCAUUGUAGGCAUAGGUGGGAUGGGGAAAACUACACUGGCCCAGUUCAUAUACAGGGACGAUGAGAUAGUGAAGCAGUUUGAGCCAAGGGUGUGGGUGUGUGUUUCAGAUGAGAGUGACGUAGAGAAGUUGACGAAGAUAAUACUGAAUGCAGUGUCUCCAGAUGAAAUACGUGAUGGGGAUGACUUUAAUCAAGUGCAACUCAAGUUAAGCAAGAGUCUGGCUGGAAAAAGGUUUUUGCUAGUUUUAGAUGAUGUGUGGAACAUUAAAAGCUACGAGCAAUGGAAUCAGCUGCGUGCCCCAUUCAAGUCUGGGAAAAGAGGAAGUAAAAUCGUUGUAACAACACGAGAUACAAAUGUUGCAUCACUAAUGAGAGCAGACGAUUAUCACCAUUUUCUCAGGCCUUUAUCUCAUGAUGAUUGUUGGUCGGUGUUUGUGGAGCAUGCCUUUGAAAGUAAAAAUGUUGAUGAACAUCCGAAUCUGAAAUCCAUUGGUGAAAAGAUAGUACAAAAAUGCAGUGGCUUACCCUUAGCAGCAAAGAUGGUUGGUGGACUUUUACGCUCCAAAUCACAAGUUGAAGAGUGGAAACGUGUAUUGGAUAGCAACAUUUGGAAUACCAGUAAAUGCCCUAUUGUCCCCAUAUUGAGAUUAAGCUAUCAACAUCUGUCUCCACAUUUAAAGAGAUGUUUUGCUUAUUGUGCAUUGUUUCCUAAGGAUUAUGAAUUUGAGGAGAAGCAGUUAAUUUUACUGUGGAUGGCCGAAGGUUUAAUUCAUCAAGCAGAAGGAGAUAAUCGACAAAUAGAAGAUUCAGGUGCUGAUUAUUUUAAUGAAUUGUUAUCCAGAUGUUUCUUCCAACCAUCAAAUAAUCGUGAAUUGCGAUUUGUGAUGCAUGACUUGAUCAAUGAUCUAGCUCAAGAUGUUGCCGCAAAAAUAUGCUUCACUUUUGAGAAUCUAGAUAAAAUUUCUAAAAGCACUCGUCAUUUGUCGUUCAUGCGUAGCAAGUGCGACGUGUUUAAAAAAUUUGAAGUUUGUGAGCAAAGGGAGCAAUUACGAACAUUUUUUGCUCUACCAAUCAACAUAGAUAAUGAGGAGCAAUCCUACUUGAGUGCUAAGGUGUUUCAUUACUUGUUGCCAAAGUUGAGACACUUAAGGGUGCUCUCUUUGAGUUGUUAUGAGAUCAAUGAGUUACCGGAUUCAAUUGGUGAUUUGAAACAUUUACGAUACCUUAAUUUAUCUCACACUGCACUCAAAAGGUUGCCUGAAACAAUAAGUAGUCUUUAUAAUUUACAAUCAUUGAUAUUAUGCAAUUGUAGAAAACUCAUGAAAUUACCUGUGGACAUUGUGAAUUUAAUCAAUCUUCGACACCUUGAUAUUAGUGGUUCAACUCUAUUGGAAGAGAUGCCUCCCCAAAUUAGCAAGUUGAUAAAUUUGCAAACGUUGUCUAAGUUUAUUCUGAGCGAAGGUAAUGGGUCACAAAUAAUAGAAUUGAAGAAUUUAUUGAAUCUUCAAGGGGAGCUUGCCAUUUUAGGGUUGGACAAUAUUGUUGAUGCAAGAGAUGUGAGAUAUGUUAAUUUAAAGGAGAGACCCAGUAUUCAAGUGAUAAAGAUGGAGUGGAGCAAGGAUUUUGGUAAUUCAAGGAAUAAAAGUGAUGAAGAAGAGGUUCUUAAGCUGUUGGAACCUCAUGAAAGUUUGAAAAAACUCACUAUUGCAUUUUAUGGCGGAACAAUAUUCCCACGGUGGAUAGGAGAUCCGUCAUUCUCAAAAAUGGUUAUUUUGAGACUUGCAGGUUGUAAAAAAUGCAGUGUGUUGCCACCACUUGGAAGACUGUGUUUACUCAAAGACUUGUUUAUUGAAGGCAUGAAUGAAAUUAAAAGCAUAGGUAAAGAGUUUUAUGGGGAGAUUGUGAAUCCUUUUCGGUGUUUGCAGUGCCUGGCAUUUGAGGAUAUGCCAGAGUGGUCAGACUGGUUAAUUCCCAAAUUGGGUGGGGAAACUAAAGCAUUGUUUCCUUGCCUCCGUUGGCUUCAAAUAAAAAAAUGUCCAAAACUCAGCAACUUGCCUGAUUGCUUAGCUUGCCUUGUGACACUUAAUGUUAUAGAAUGCCAAGAAUUGACAAUUUCAAUUCCACGAUUUCCAUUUCUUACUCACUUGAAAGUAAAUAGAUGCAACGAGGGAAUGUUAAAAAGUAGGGUUGUUGAUAUGCCCUCACUCACCCAAUUAUACAUUGAGGAAAUUCCAAAGCCGAGUUGUUUAUGGGAAGGGCUUGCACAACCCUUAACAACCCUUCAAGAUCAGGGAAUAAUUCAAUGUGAUGAGUUGGCAUGUUUGAGGGGAUUGGAAAGCCUUAGCAGUUUGCGAGAUUUAUGGAUCAUUAGUUGUGAUGGGGUAGUUUCCUUGGAACAGCAGGGGCUGCCUCGUAAUCUUCAAUACUUACAAGUGAAAGGAUGUUCCAACUUAGAGAAGCUGCCAAAUGCAUUGCACACCCUCACAUCUCUUACAGAUUUGGUAAUUCUGAAUUGCCCUAAACUGGUGUCAUUCCCAGAGACAGGUUUGCCGCCCAUGCUAAGAAAUCUUUUGGUGAAAAAUUGUGAGGGUCUGGAGAUACUACCAGAUGGAAUGAUGAUCAAUAGUCGUGCCCUUGAGUUCUUUAAAAUCACAUAUUGCUCAUCUCUUAUUGGCUUCCCAAGAGGUGAGCUACCCACCACCCUGAAGACGUUGAUAAUUCACUAUUGUGGGAAACUAGAGUCUCUACCUGAUGGAAUUAUGCACCACACUUGUUGUCUUGAACGCCUGCAAGUAUGGGGAUGUUCCUCUCUCAAGUCUAUUCCAAGGGGCGACUUUCCCUCCACGCUCGAGGGACUUUCCAUUUGGGGUUGCAAUCAACUAGAGUCAAUUCCAGGGAAGAUGUUGCAAAAUCUCACCUCUCUUCGUAACCUGUUUCUAUGUAACUGUCCAGACGUGAUGUCCUCCUCUUUGGAAGUGUUUUCUACUUCGAACCUCAAAACAUUGACCAUUGCAAAUGGCAAAAACAAUGUGAGGAGGCCUCUAUUUGCCCGGAGCCUCCACACACUCACGUCUCUUGAGAUCCAUGGCCCAUUUCCAGAUGUGAUUUCUUUUACGGAUGAUUGGUCUCAGCUUCUUCCCACAUCUCUCAACAUUCUUUGCAUAGUUGAUUUCAACAACUUGAAGUCCAUAGCCUCCAUUGGUCUCCAAACCCUCAUUUCUCUUAAAGUCCUUCAAUUCACGGACUGCCCUAAGCUCCGGUCCUUUGUGCCAAAGAAAGGGCUGCCGUCAACACUUGAAAGACUAGUAAUCAAAGGAUGUCCUAUUCUGAAAAAGAGGUGCCUCAAGGACAAAGGAAAAGAUUGGUCUAAGAUUGCCCACAUCCCUUACGUGGAAAUAGAUGACAUUGUACAACAAUAAAAACUUCAAUCAGGGGUUGCUCUCCUCAACAAUAAGCUGUGAAGUUGUAGAACUAACCCACAACUUCCACAUAGAGAUAGAUGUCUGAUACACCUAUUAAAGUAUGCGUCCUUUCUAUAAUGCAAGAGGCCUUAUAUCUGAUGCGUCAUUUUGCUUAAAGCCAGUAUACUUUUUCAAUCAACAUUGAUUAAUAGAAGGAAUGCUCCCUUGUUUAAUACCAAGUUUUCUUGGGAUUCUGCCAUCUGCUUGGAAAUAUGUAUUGCAAAAAAGGUAGAGCUGAAGGUAAAAUCCCCUAAUCAGGGCACAUGACAAAACCCCCGCAAAAUCCGAGAAGUUCAAGAAAGUAAGUAGACUAAGACCAUUGCAACCUAUCCAGUGGGCAUGCUCUGCCCAUGACAUACAUAAGAAGGUGAAGCUUACGGCUUGGUAAAAAUCUCGGCCCUGAUGACUCAUGUUACAAGUGAUGAAGAAGAGAGUUUGCUAAUAUCUCUGUGUUACUCUUUUGGUUUUAAAGACAUGGAAGAGGUUCAUACACCAGAUUCUGAUUAUAUUUAAUUGGCUUGAUCUUGGCAAGCAUAGGGGUCACAGCAUUUUCCUAAGCUCCGGUCCUUUGUGCCAAAGGAAGGGCUGCCACCAAGACUUGCAUGCAUGCCUUGUAAUGGGGAGAUAUCCUAUUCUAAAAAAGAGGUGCCUCAAGGACGAAGGAAAAGAUUCACCCAAGAUUUCUCACAUCCUCAGUAUGGAAAUUGAUGAUGUUGUAAAACAAUAACAAGUUCAACCAGGUCCACUUGUUUCUCUUGAUUUUAUUAUUUCUGAAAGAAGCUCAAAGGUUACAUAGAAAGAGCAUGAGGGGCUUGUGCUCAGCUACUGUGAGACUGAAAACACCAUGAAAUGAUGCAUGGCAACAGCUAUGGUUUGUAUGAGUUUGGAUCCCUAAGAAUUUGUUUGAUGGGAAACAGAUGAAGGGCUGCUACAAAUACUUGCAACACUGGAAAUCAAGAGAUGACCUAUGCUAAAACUGAGGUGCAGGAAAAACAAAAGAAAAAAAUGACCUGGAAUUGCUCAGUUCCCCCAUCUAGAUGGCAUUGUACAACAGUAAAAAUUUCAAUCAGGAAUAUUCACUUUCAUAUUGGAGAUCUCAUGUCUGAAGUAAAUAUGGUGUUAGCUCUUCAUGUCAUAUUGACAAGAAGAUGAACGAGUACUUGGCAAAAGCAUGGUAUGCUAUUUUCAUUUGUUUAUCUUACAUUUCCUAUUUUGAUUUUAAUAAUAAUUACUUUUUUGGAAUCCAUCUUUAUAACCCUUACACAUUCUUCAAGCACCUCAUAGAGAAUGUUUGCUGCACCAUGCUUGUUCUCUCACCCUAAUCAAAUGUGAAAGCCUUUUUAAUCAUGGUGUCACACCUCUGAGAGAGUUAAGAAUGUCAUUGUACUCAAACAUUGUUUCCUCUUAGGGGGACUGGUUUAUCAUCCCUUCUAUGGAUUACCUCUAAAUAAAGUUUGUUGUACAUUAUGCAUACCAUCCUCUUCCAGAACAUAGGUGUUUAUUAGUCUAUUGAAUUGUAGGUUUUGGUAGAAAAUAAUUUUCAUUAUUUAAUAAGCAGAUGAAAAUUUCUAUUUAACGAAAAGAGUUGUACUAAAUGCACCAUUUUUAAAAAAAAAAUUGUGCAUGUGAUUCCAAUUUCUAUUUCACUGGUAUCAGUUCAUAUGUGUCAUGUAAUUGCAAUUCUAGACUCGAAUUUUUCAUAUAAUUGCAUUUUUUUUUUUUAAAUCUGCAUGCUAUAGCCAUUGUUGUUUUCAUAGCAUUUACUAAUUGGCAUUUCCUCCUUAAAUCCUCAUUUUUUUUGGUUCAUAUGCAUCAUUCUAUAUGACUAGAAUUAUAGUUUUCUAAUUCAUCUGUUAGUCAUUUAACCUUAAACUAAACUCAAUGAGAAGUUCAAGCCUUUCUAAUUUGUAACUCUUUUUAUUCCUCAAUUGUUUCUAUUGCAUCAUGACCUUUUUUCCAAUUUAGCAAUGUAAAUGGUUAUAUAAAUUUGCUUUUAAUCAUGGAAGAUAGUUGUUUGUGCAACAAUGAAUAUGAAUAUACAAAUAAAUUUUGCAUUAACAAUUUUUUCUUGUUUUACAUUCAAAAUUAAAUGCUUUUGAUUUUUUUUUUUAUAAGAUUUUUACAUUGAUACCAUGAUAAUUUUUUUCAUUAUUAUACCGAUAGAAAGGAAAUUUAAGUUUUAUAUUGCUCACUCAAUGUUUGGAGUGAAUCUAGUGUUAGGGCUUCAUUCUCUCAUGUGGUCAUAAUGAAAAGAAGAUGAAAGGUUACUGGUAAAAGCAUCGAAUGCGAUUUAAUUUAUGUUUAUCUUACAUUUCUUGUUUUAAUUUUAAUAAUAAUAUUUAGAAAAAAAAAACAAUUUUAUAAGUUGUUAAAUGUUCUUCAAGCAUUUCCUAGAGAAUGGCUCAGGCAUCAUGCAUGUUCUCUCACAUUGCUCAAACCCCCAACAAAAUGUGAAAGCCUUUUAAUCUUUACUAAGGGUUGAGAAUGUGGUCAUGCUCAAAAUUUUCCUAACCAUAUGGUAAAAAAAGUUAACAUGGUAGUUGAGUCAUUUUUAAUGUAGUGUAUCUUUGUUAAAAGUUCAUUCACUUUUAGAAUGAGAUCCUCAUCGUCCCUUAGUGAAAUCGUUAAAGCUUGUAAUAAGCUUUUGCUUUAAUAGAUAAGGUUGGUAAUCGUUAUUCUGUUUUGGUUGUUUUCUAGGUAACUACUAAUUGACUCCGCUUUUGAGAAACCACAUUGCUAUACAUGGGUUUUCCUUUACAUGAAGAAUUGGAUUCAUCUUUUAAAGUACUAUUUGGAACUGGGAAUCCUUCUUGGGAGCCAUAAAAGGUCUUGCAUUCUUGGCACAAAUAUGAAAUUUCAAUCUACAAUGAGGGUAUGGGAUUUCCUAGAAUUGACUGAUACAUGCAUCAAUGGUAGCUGAUGGUAUCCACCAAGAUUCAAAUACAUGGAAAUUGCUUAGUCUUGUGGUUCAAUUGUGAAGAUAUUGGCAAGACGAUUUCCAAAGUGGCAAUCACAAAAACAAAUCAAGCCAAGGAAAAAUCAUGAAGAAAAAGACCACCUCAAAGAGAAGAGUUUUUCAAGACCAAAGCUUCAUAAGAUCUCUUUGUAAGGUUGUUGGUGCACUAGGACUUUCAUGCAUUUCAUUCUUUAUUUAUGAACCAAAAUCAUCCAAUAGUAAUAUUGUUUUAAAUAUCUCUAAGAAUUGGAUGAUUUCAUGUUUUCCACUAAAACCUUGUGUUAAAUGAUUUUCAAACUUGUGUUAAAAGGUUUUAAGUUGAAAAAGGUUGGGUGUUGAGCCAAAAAAUGGCUCAACCGGUUCAAUCGAUUGACCGGUUGUGCUUGUCCGAUCGAAGACCGGUUGAGAGAGGCCAAAAAGUUUCUCUCUCUCCCAGUGGCCUUCUCUUCCCAGUCAAGGUUAAACCUCAACCGGUUGAGGUCCAUUUGAGGUCCGGUUAAGGUCCUAUUGAGGUCUAGUUGAGGCCCAACAGUCACUUGUUAAGCAUUAAAUGUUAACGGCUAGUCAACCGGUCGAACCCCCAACGGCUAGUUUGGUUUUUUUCUUCUAUAAAAAGGUUCUAAUCUUCAUUGUUUCUAUGAGCUUAACGUUCCCAAAUCUUUCUUGAUUAUAUUUGAGCCUUGGAAGAGUAUUUUUUAGUGCACCAUUAUUUCAAAACUUGCAUAUCUUUAGUGCACCAUUCAAUCCUAGUUUUUCUUGUAUCAUUUGAGUUUAAAGUUCUUGUGCUAGGAUAUUUGAGAGAUCAUUCAUUUGUAAAUAUUUGAGAGGAAGUUUCUCAAGUGUGGGGUAUCACUUGAGGGGUUGUUCAAGAGUGGGAUAUCUCUUGAGAAGUGUAAAGGGUGCUUUGAGCCAAAAGUCCAAGAGGGUGAAUUGGAACCAUAAUCCAAUUGUAUUGCUUAAAGGCUUGGUUUGGAAGCCUUGGAUUAGUGGAACCUCAAGCUCGGGAUUGAAGCUAGAGGAGAGUGGAUGUAGGUCGGGUUGCGCCGAACCACUAUAAACUCUUGUGUUUGCAUUCUCUCUUCCCUACUCUUUAAUUUAUAUGCAAUUGUCUAUAUAUUGAUUAUUA